GAGACGCCAUUUUCGGCGGCGGGAGCAGCGGAGCUGGCGGGGCGGCGGCUGUGAGGAGGAGCCGCGGGGCACAGCGCGCGUGGGCGGCCGAGGAUGCUGCGGGGCGGCCGCGCCGGCGCCCCUCGCUUGUGACCGCGGCGCCGCACCUGAGGCGGCCGAGGCGACAGCCCCGGCGGUCCCGCUCGGCGCACGCGCCCGCGGCCUCCCGGUGCUGACAGCGCGAGCGCGCGGCCCCGCGGGAGCAGCACGAAUGUAUGACAACAUGUCCACAAUGGUGUACAUAAAGGAAGACAAGUUGGAGAAGCUUACGCAGGAUGAAAUUAUUUCUAAGACAAAGCAAGUAAUUCAGGGCCUGGAGGCUCUGAAGAAUGAGCACAAUUCCAUUUUACAAAGUUUACUGGAGACACUGAAGUGUUUGAAGAAAGAUGACGAAAGUAAUCUGGUGGAAGAGAAAUCAAACAUGAUCCGAAAGUCACUGGAAAUGUUGGAGCUUGGCCUGAGUGAGGCACAGGUUAUGAUGGCUCUGUCAAAUCACCUGAAUGCCGUCGAGUCGGAGAAGCAGAAGCUGCGUGCACAGGUUCGUCGUCUGUGCCAGGAGAAUCAGUGGCUGCGGGAUGAAUUGGCCAACACGCAGCAGAAAUUGCAGAAGAGUGAGCAGUCUGUGGCUCAACUGGAGGAAGAAAAGAAGCAUCUGGAAUUCAUGAAUCAGCUAAAAAAAUACGAUGAUGACAUUUCUCCAUCAGAGGACAAAGACACUGAUUCCACCAAAGAACCUCUGGAUGACCUCUUCCCAAAUGACGAUGACGACCCCGGUCAAGGAAUGCAGCAGCAGCAGAGCAGCGCGGCGGCGGCCGCCCAGCAGGGCGGCUACGAGAUCCCCGCGCGGCUGCGCACCCUGCACAACCUGGUCAUCCAGUACGCCUCGCAGGGGCGCUACGAGGUCGCCGUGCCCCUCUGCAAGCAGGCCCUGGAGGACCUGGAGAAGACCUCUGGCCAUGACCACCCGGACGUGGCCACCAUGCUGAACAUCCUGGCCUUGGUGUACAGAGACCAGAAUAAAUACAAAGAUGCAGCUAAUCUACUGAAUGAUGCCUUGGCCAUCCGUGAAAAAACUCUGGGCAAAGAUCAUCCUGCGGUGGCCGCAACUCUGAAUAACCUCGCAGUGCUUUACGGCAAAAGAGGAAAGUACAAAGAAGCUGAGCCGCUGUGUAAAAGAGCUCUGGAGAUCAGAGAAAAGGUUUUGGGAAAGGAUCACCCUGAUGUUGCCAAGCAGUUAAAUAACUUGGCCUUACUGUGCCAGAACCAGGGCAAGUACGAAGAAGUAGAAUAUUAUUAUCAAAGAGCCCUCGAGAUCUACCAAACAAAACUGGGGCCUGAUGACCCUAAUGUGGCCAAAACGAAAAAUAACCUGGCAUCCUGCUAUCUGAAGCAAGGAAAAUUCAAGCAAGCAGAAACACUGUACAAAGAGAUUCUCACUCGCGCACAUGAAAGGGAGUUUGGUUCUGUAGAUGAUGAAAAUAAACCCAUUUGGAUGCAUGCUGAGGAAAGAGAAGAAUGCAAAGGAAAGCAAAAGGAUGGGACUUCUUUUGGAGAGUAUGGUGGCUGGUACAAAGCCUGCAAAGUUGACAGUCCAACUGUUACAACUACUUUAAAAAACCUUGGGGCACUUUACAGACGUCAAGGCAAAUUUGAAGCUGCAGAAACAUUGGAAGAAGCAGCCAUGAGGUCACGUAAACAGGGUCUUGACAAUGCUCACAAACAGAGAGUAGCUGAAGUGCUGAAUGACCCUGAGAACAUGGAGAAGCGGAGAAGCCGCGAGAGCCUCAGCGCGGAUGUGGUCAAGUACGAGAGCGGCCCUGACGGAGGGGAGGAAGUGAGUAUGAGCGUAGAGUGGAACGGGAUGAGAAAGAUGAAGCUCGGGCUGGUUAAAUGACUUGCUCAGCGUCGCAUGGUGAGUCAGCGCGGGCGGGGCUCAGGUCCCCGCGGUCUGGGGCUUCCAGUCUGCCAGGACCCAGGAUGCGUUGCUGCUUCGGAAAUCCUUUUUCUAGUUAAUUUUAUUUUGGAUUAUCAACUGCAUGUUUAAAAUGUGCUAUAAACUUUAAAAGUCAGUGUUUCUUAACAUUUCUGAAAUGUCUAAAAUGUUAGCGUUUUUCAGAGAAAGUCCUUUCUGAUUUCAGAGAGAACUUUAUAGUUUAGUUCUAUGCGAGAGGAUUUCUGAUAAAGUUAAAGCUUUAAUGAAUGCACUCUUCCUGUGCAUAGCAGUCUUUCUUUUGGUCACUGUCGAUGUUUUUUGUUUCGGAAUCUCCUUAUGUACAGUAACUUGAAAACCUGUUUAUUGUAAGUAUCAAGGAGGUGUCUAGCACGGUGCCAGUCCGUGCUCUAAAAAUGUUGAAUUUUAUUUUAUUGAGGAUUAGGAGUGAUUAGUCUAGAUUAUGUAAAAUGUAACAUAAGGUCCAGUACCUGUUUCAUACGGGGCUGACAGGAGCAGGCAGAAGGUAAUUCCAAAUACUAAAGCGGUAAAAAUGCUGCUUAGAUUUUGUGACCUAGAAAUACUGUAAGUCAAGCUGUGCUGCGUGGAAACGGGCUCUUUUCUCAUGAGUUUCACCUGGGCUUUCUCUCUCCGUUUCUGUCUAACAGGCCUAGCUGCCCUGUGUGACACUCACACUGUCUCCUGCAUGAUGGGCGGCAUCUCCUCCAGCUUUUCUUCUCUCUCCAGUGCUGACUGCUGUGUUUAGCAAUCCCCUAGGAUUCUUGUCAGAGCUACACCUCUCUGUGACUGGCCAUUCCUUUUUGGUGCUGCUGUCCUUUUGGGGGGUUCCUUAUCUCUGUAUACAUGUAGCUUUGCCAGAUAUGUACUUAGUAAUAUAAACUGUGUUAAUAAAACCAUUUACUGUGUAAUACAUGAGUUUAAAAACUAAGAGCAAUUAGCUGUUCACUUUGAUAAGAGGUAGUUAGUAGUAUCCCCCAGGUGUUACUGCAAUGGCAUGAUGGUGACUGUGACACUACCUAGGCUGUCAGAGUAGGGCAUGUGCUGCUCCUGUUGCGUACGGAGACCUGGUGGGACCACCCUGGGCUCUGGGCGCUCCCCUUAGGAUCGUGCUCAAGUAGAAUUUGCUGUGUAGUCUUUGUGUGAAAUUUUGGCAAUUCUGCUUUUCUCUACUAAUCUUUAAGUGUUCAGUGAUUUGUGUAUUUGUGUCUUUCUAACUUCUAAUAAACUCACUCCAACUGACCUGUGUCUUGGUGUCUGUCUGCUUGGUAGACCUUCUCACUCUUUCCAUGGAAUGCAGCAUUGCCGUAGCUUCUAGAAGGGGUGGGGCUACUGUUAAUCUUACUAAAUGAUUCAUUCUGAGAAUAAAAGUUGUUCUAUACACAUUUUUUUCACUCUGUGUAUUUGAUUUUCAUAUCCAGAUACUGCCAAGUGUUUCACUUAUUAAUGUCUGAAUCAGUUAUACGAAAGCUGGGCAUUCUUACUUGCUUCCUACAAGGCAUCUAAGGAUUUUUAGUUAUUUGUA